GAAAGACGGUGUAGGCGCGUUCGGCGGAGCGAGGUUCAGUGUCGUUUCAGCCGCGGUUCUGUACGGUUGUUCGACUUUCGAUACUGUGUUUCAACUACGUAACCGUCCUCGCCGUAAUAAUUACCGGUUAUUUCCGCCGUCUGGAACACAAUCGUUCAUAUGCCGCGCGUAUAAACAAAAAGUCUUCGUUCACAUUAGCCAAAAUCGAUCGAAUCAGUGUCCAAGUUUUUUGUUUGUUUGUGAAAUCGAUAUGAAGAGGUUCGCCAUGACAAUGGGCUAAACCGGUGAUAUUCAGUUCGAGCGUCGAGAACGUUAUAUCCGGAUUUGGGUCAAUGGAAUAACGUGUUAAUGUGACGUAUUUCACAUCGAUUGGAAUAUUCGUGAGGUGAAGAAUUUGCCGAUAGUCGUAAUUGGGAAUAUAACGGUGUCGGUAACAUAAGUGAUCGCGGGUUUUGUAAGAUGAGCCCAGCCUCCCAAGGCGGCGUGGAGGUGGAGCGAUACAUCGGUAGUUGUUUGAUAUCGUCAACCAUCAGACCAGGACCCCAUAAACCGAUCGUCGGCAGGAAACAGGAACCUGUAAUUCGCGGGAAAACGCGAGGCUGUUACGGAAACCAAAAUUUUCCGAACGGAACCGAACAAUGCCAGGUGCAGUAUGGGCCUGGUGGUUGGACGGGCGCUCCUUUGAUAUCGAUGACAUCCAGUCCACGCAGAUGUAAUCAAAGAUCAUCACCGUCGCUCGGGCAACAACAACAGCCAUCAUCGUCGCAGCAACUACAACAGCAACCGCAGCAACAGCAACAGCAGGCUUGCGAGCAGCAAGUAUCAGCUCAUCUACACAAGAAUCCACUUUCUAGAUUAGCCAUUCACACGCAGGGAGCGCCGUUGAUUCUAGCCAAUCGGUUUCACAAUCGCGGCAAGAUACAUAACAACGGGAACGCUAAUGGCAUUACUAAUACGAUUUGCAAUAAUACAGGCGCGGCUAAUAGUUACGUUCACAAUAAUAAUGUGAAUACCCUGACAUCGAACUGUACCAUGAGCAAUACGGUCAGGUGUCCACCAUCCUCGCGGCCUCAAAGGCCGAUAGAGCUUGCGAAGAAGCAGCAAACGAAUCAGAAAUCGUCGGACUGUACGGCGACCAAAGACGCAACGGGAACAGGAAACAUUGCGAAUAUCGAUUCGUUGAGUAUCGCGAGCGAUGAAAGUUCGGGAUCGAAUAAUUCUGAGAACAGUUUGCCACGUAUCAUUAAACCUCGAAAGCGCAGGAAGAAAGACAGAAAACCGCCGAACAAUGCGGUCACCUCCGCGGAAGUAACGAAACACGAGGAGCAGCAACAACAGUCGAGUUCGGGCGCGAUUACCGAACAAUCGAACGCAGCUUCUUUAAAGUCAUACGUACCGACCUGCUACGAGCAACGUUACGAUAUCGCACCGCCUUACCUUAGAAACCACAGAAGGCCACCCAUAGCGAGGGAAAGCGGCGUGUACGGUUGCAGAGUGCAAACAACUGGCAUGUCGGCGCAAGAGAUAGACGCGAGGCAAAGGUAUCCACAUCGGCACGUGGAAGUGAAAGUGUUGGACGACAACAGAAACGUCGUGCCUGCGCAAAUGCGUACCAUUCCGCCAAAGGGUUAUAGACAUAACGGUCAUCAUCACCACCAUAACCACGCCGGUAGUAACAAUGUUCCGCGCUAUCUGCAUGAAUAUAACGAUCUAACGGCGACGACGACGGCAACGACGACGACGACGACGGCGACUACGACGACAACGGGUUGCGAAGAGGGCAUCAACGAGGAAUUAGGGCCGUGUCAGUGCCGGUAUUGUGAUCCUUCGGCUCUCAUAUGGGACGUGGAUCAGAACUGUUACUCGCCCUUCUUGACCCCGUCGCCGUCGACCGAGUUCUGUCCCGGCCACUUUUCUCGGAUGCCGCUAUUCUUGUCUCGGCCGAGUCUUGGUUGUCAGGAGCAAACUAUCGAGAGGCUUUUCAACGGUGAUAAUCCUCGAACCCACCAAGAAAGGGACAGCACCGGUAGCACCGGUGUUGUGUUGAGGCGCAGCUGGAGCGACCCGACCAGUUAUUUCAGCGAAGAGAUCAGCACGCCCAGCAAAGAUGUUGGCGUGAUCGGUGAUAGGGGACAGGCAGAGAGUGGGAAACGUCGAACGCUAUGGCGCGGUGAAUCUAUCGGUAUACCUGUGAAUAACAUUGGACUAUCCGGUAUGGAUGUGAAUGGUGGCGUGCAAUCGCCUAAAGAGCUCGAGGUCUCUACGGAAAUCAUCACGUCGCCGAACGGCCACAGAGAUUUGGAGAUCAAAUUCUACUCGCCUUCGCCGAAUGCACCAAUGGCCGAAGAAGAGAAGGGCAUGUUCGAGAAAGAAGUGGACGAGGACGAGGAAGAUUUCAGCGAUAUUUGGAGCUAUCACGAGUCGAAGCUGCAACAGGAUUUCCGCACGUUACUGCAAGCGGAAGAAUGAACACGGAACGGAUUCUCUUUCGAUGUGUCUGCUGGUCCGACUUGUAUGGUGAAAAGAGAGAACAUUCGCGCCUGUCCGUGCUUGAAUACAAUUCUUCGACAGAUUCGUGUGUGCGUUACGCGAGGGGAAAAGAAGCAGUGGCGUGAAUACACGUCGACAUGAGAGAGUGAGCGAGUGAGAAGGACGGAGAGAGAGGGAAAAUUGUAAGUGUGAGCGAAAGAAAGGUGGCUCUGGAGAUUCAAUUAGUUUGUCGAUAGAGGGAACAAAGUUGGAACGGACUUGCGUAGACGCGUGCGCGACCGCGUGAGACAGGAGCUGGUCGCGUUUACAAUUUAACGAUCCGCGUUCCAAAAAUCAUCGGUUCUUUUGCUUCGACGUAUCGACGAAGUGUGUAACGUGCGUGUGAUUAAAUACGACGACUCCCCUUCUUCCAUGCCUCUUUCUUCUUCUCCCUUCUCCUCGUCCUUCACAACUUGUCUUCACGAUGACGCCCUCGUUGCUAGCACACCUCGGUGAUUAACAAGUGUAACUGACGGUAACGAGCAAAACUACGUGUCGAACGAUUCUUCUUCCUAACGGUGUACGUUGUAUACACGUAGUAUACGUGACGUGCGUGCACUCGUGAAGCACGCACGAGAGUAGGUCUGCAAGGAUCGUACCUUGACGUCGGGAAUACACGCGGUCUGCUUAUCGAUGACAACAUACGACUAAUAAACGGUGGUUGGCUCGCGUCGUGAAGCGAAUCGACUUAAACGAUAAGCUCGGCGUUGACUAGCAACCUGGAGUUCUAUCGCACGAGAGAAAAAUCUUUCGAAAAAUAUAGCACGAUACGCGUAAAGAUACAUUACUAAUUAAAGUAAUCGCGUUCGGAUAAUCGACGUAUAAUCAUCGAUUUAAACCGUAGAGCAAACAAUAUUUAUACAUUCUUUUUCUCGUUUCUCAACUUCUUGUUGAAUUAUUAAUCGAUAUUUGCAUUUUUCUUACUUGCAAAUUCCUCUUUAUUUUGUUGAAUUUUAGAAAAAAAGUACAAGUCUUAACGUCUUUCGAUACCGUUACUCGAUUUAAUUUACGACCACGCUAUAUCUUGGCUCGUGCUAUACACCACUGCUUUCUAGUUUUUCUAUGCACCUUUAAUCAUUUCCCUUUUCUUUUCGCCUCUUUCUUCUACCGUUUAUCGGCCCGAUUUUACUGCUUUAUUUUCGGCGUCGUAUACUUCUCUAACUUUCAACGUUUACAAUGAGAUAACGCUUCUCUUCGCCGCCAACCAUCGUGAACGGACAAAUAGAGAUGUGACUGUUUAAAUCGUAACGUAGUAAUCAAACGACGCAACGAUGAAUCAUACGCCGAUCAUCAAAGGAACUCGUAUUCUAUAUUUUUUUACCACAAUCAUGCGAUGCCCGGCUCUAUUUGGUUAACUUUAUUAUAUCCUUUUUUUUUUAAUUUUUUCAUCUUUAUAUGAAAUUUGUGUUCAACAAAUUCUAUAACGAAUAUUCCAAUAUUUAAAAAUGUAUUGAAAUGUAUUUUGAUGCUAUUUUCCAAAAAAAUCAUUGCUAUUUCUAGAAUAUUUCUUUUAGUGAUUAACAAAAUGUUAUCUUAAUUAUCUUUUAUUCGCAUUUAGCGACAUAUAAAUUCAUAGACAAGGAUAUGGUUAACUGAUUUGAGAUUAUUUCAAAGCUUGUGCACAAUUUAUAUUCAUAUAGUUCUAAGCAUAAAGUUUUGAGUAAAUCGUUUCGAAUGAUCAGAUUGAUUAAAUUUUAGUUGUAUUGACGAAUAUAUGUAUCUUCCAAUUAUAUAAUAUAUAUAUUAUUUCUUUAUGAUAAUACAAUUUUCAAUAAAUUUUGUGAUCUCUCUUUCUCUCAAAAGUUUUUAUAUCGAUCAUGUUAAAUGCUUGCGUGUUUCUGAGUUUGUAUUUUAUUCAUAAUAAACAGAUUAGAGAGCAAAUUUUUAUUUCUUUGCAAUACGUUGAAAACUAAAAAUCUGCUUGAUCGAUAUCAGAAGUGAGAUAGAUCUUUUCCUAGAAUCGAAACAAAAUUUAUUUUAUUAAUACAAUUUUCAUUAAAUCAAACUAGAGUACAGAUUCUGUGAAACUUUAAUUUUAAUCGUUUCGUUAUUCAUCGUUUAUUAUUUGUCAAAUGACUCUGUUUAGCCAGCUAUUCCUUAUAAGUUGUUUUUCAGAGAUCGAUGUUAUCAAAACGAUCACGUAAUCGAAAAUAUGGAACGUGAUCUAAUUAUCAACGGUGAUUCAGACGUGUAACCUUGAGAGACUUUUAUUUAUUACGGCAAAAGGAUAUCGCGCGAAUUUUCAUGAGUUAUAAAACGUAAAACAGUAGAGCUAAUCAAUUAAUCGUACUUGAGUAUCGAUCGAAUCGAUUAUAUGGGCAUCGCGUGAUGAUUUCGCGAUAAACCGAGCUACGCUUCUCGGUUUACAGCCGAACGAUUUCUCGACUUAGGACGAGGCCAUUACGGAUUCCGCGAACUUUCAUCGUUUCGUACACGCGAAGAAACGCGAAGAAAAAUGUACGGCACGUAUACAUAUUUAACAGACACAUACACACGGAGGCAAACGUCGUGUCCUAUCACCCACCAUCCUUUUUUUUUUUUUUUUCAUUUAGACUGCAUAAGCCUAGAUGACAAGGCGAUUCACUUAGAUUAUCACCAUUGUCUAUAUGUGUAUAAGAGAAAUCGCGUAUUAAAUCGGUCUGCCUUUUAUUUACUACUUGGACCGUUAGGAAAUAUUAAGACGAUGCGGCAAUUUCGAAGGCAACGAAAGAGCGAGCCGCGAGAAUUACUGACGACUAAUUAGGCUUAACGCGCGUGCGUGCUUCGUGUCGAGAGGGUUUAACCAACGAGAUGCAAAGUCCUACACGAAGAAUCAUAUUGGCAAUAUUUCUCUCUUGCUGGCUCUCAUCAGUACGUAGCAAGUUUUAUUGCUAAGUAGCAACAGAUAAAUAUUGAUGUUGACACUUGUUAAAGCAGCACUAACCGCGUAUCAAAUACGAAAGAAAAGAUAAUUGUUGCUGCUUUAAUAACAUCGUCGUUGAUAUUUUUCUUCGAGUAUAAUGUCGUUCGGAUGAUAUCACGUUCGCUCUUGUGUAACCAAAAGCGUGUGUUACCCUAUCGUAUAGCGUUUACCAAUAAAUUUGUGUCGACUUUUCUCUCUUAUUUUUUUUUUUUUCUCUCCAUUAAAAAUAUAUUAUAUUUUUCCUUCUUUCUUUCUUCUUCUUCUUUUUUUUUUAUAUAUAUACAUAUAUAUCGAGAUAGUGCAUUAUUCGUUGGCAGCGUUUGUCGAAAAACGAUCAGAUUGCACUUGUAAUCCGUCUUUCCGGAAGAAAGGUUUUCGCUCGAGAACGCAUCGUCAUCGCCGUCGCUAACGGAUACACGUUAUGGAACGAGUUUUCGUAGCUCGAUACAAUUCAAAACGAUAAUAUUGUUCGCACCCGAAGCUUGUCCAUUUAUAGUUUUCACGAACGAGAAAAUGUUUAAUUUAUUCGUUAUUGAGUUGUCGAGUUUAUUUUUCCUCGUUCUUCUUCUUUUUUUUUUUUUUUCUUUUAGGAAAUUGAGCGAGCAAUGGUAUGCAAACUUCGUGUUUUGUAUUAUUAAAUGUUUGUAGAAUGCAACUGAAAUGAAAGUUGGUGAAAAUGAUUUCAACGUGUAGGGAUGAAAGAAUUAACGGUAUGCUUUUUAAUCAAACGAUCCAGCGACUCUUUACUAAGAAACGAAAAGAUGAAAAAUUAUAUUCGAUGUUUAGUUUUCCUUCUGUAAAAAAUUCGAUCGCAAUUGAGUCGGAAUUCAACGAAAAAUAAAUUUGAUUUUAGUUUAUACCGAUCAUAUUGAAUUUCGACGAAUGCUUUUUCUCGGUUUUAUUCUGCUUUUUGUGUUUGUUGAUUGUGAUCAUUUAUCAAUUGUGCUUUUUGCUAUCUGAUCUUUAAAAAAAGUGAGAGAGAACGAGAGAGAGAGAAAGAGAUUUGAAAAUUGUCGAAAAAUGUUUUGAAAGAGAUUUCACGUUAUUUUAUGAAUAAUAUUUCGAUAUUUUUUUUACAAUCUGUUUUCAUGAAUGAUUAUUUUUUCUUUUAUUCGAUUCUUUUUUUUUUUUUUUUAUUAUUAUUUUUUUCACUUUUCAUCGUUUUUAUUUCUGUUUGAUACUUCUUCCUCUCUCUCUCUCUAUGGAUGUUUUUAUUUUAAACGUUGUUGUUUGACGAUACAGGUAUUGUGAUAACGAAACGAUGAUACACUCAAUUCUGCUUCGUCGUCCAGACUGAUCAACGCCGAUCAACCAAUGUCGCUAUAGUGCUUUACUGCACUAACUCAAAUUGUUUGAGAAAUUCAAUAAAAAAUGUCAUUAAUUUAA